AUGUUCAAGGCCUGGUUUCCGUCUUGUUCCUGGUGCAUCUGGGCUGAGGCUGGUGAGCGGGCUCCUCCUCGCCAGGUGCACAACGAUGGCAUAACCACGCCAGAGGAUAUCACAGUGUGCCAUGAUCAACCCCGUCCGGUGGCGCCCAUGAAGCUGGUUCUCUAUGACAACAUCCCAAGUAGUCCCCGUGUUGAUUCACGCGCUUCGCUACUGCCCACUUUCGUCACCGAGGGCAGGAGUCUGGCAUCCCGAGCAUCGAAUAGAGCAAGCCUCUUCCUCAAAAACAACAACCGACGACCAUCGCCCCGCAAGUUGACAAUCAGUGGCCCGACGGACUUUCGCCAUCUUACUCCCGGGAACGCUCCUAGACGCCGCCGUCGGUCCUUUCGCCCGCUAGAACUAAGUAUCUAUGUUCCAGGAAACCAAUUACCGGACCUGCCAGUAUUCGAAAACUUCGGUCUAGAUAACUUCGACUUAGAUAGCUUCGGUCAGGAUAAUAAUUCGUCCUGCCAAACUCCAACACCACCGCCAAAGGCUGUUUGUCCACGAGAUCGCAGGGAUGAACGCCAGUUAUCAGACCCGUCUCCUUCAAUCCCGUUCGCUGUGGCUCGCAAGCCAGUAGGCGCUCCAUCAGUUCGAAAUUCAUUGUAUAUUGAAAUCCACGAUCGACGUCAUACAAUGCCGCACCCAGAGAAGGUACAGACCACUCAACCCUCUGUCUCUCCGCCCCGAAGGAGUUGUGAGACGCUUGACAGCCAUCUACAUGCAUCGCUUGACGAUCUCGUUGCCCUUAAGCAUGCUGAAAUGCAGACCCCUCCGCCUUGUCUCGACUCUCCCAGUAGGGAAAACCACUCGCGCACAUCGACCCCAACAUAUCACCAUCACACCCGUUCUCGCACCAUAGUAGACUGGUUCGCUGCCAAGUCAUACAACAACCAAGAGUCAUACCACAACCGAGCAGCCUCCAGUUCGCGUUUCUGGAUGCCCCAGUCAAGAGCACGUACGCUCAGCGGUUCAACGAUGGUGUCAUUGGCUAACGCAUCCACUGCUGGGUUUUCGUCCAGGAAUCCGUCCCUCUCAAGCUCAGUGAUCAUGUCAACCAACACUCAGUCGCCCCUCACCUUUCACGCGGUAACAGAGAAGGACUACGAAGCCUAUGAUGCAACUACGAACUAUAAGCUCCCAACACAGGAGACUUGUCCGACCGUUUACGAAAGAAAUCGGCCCAAAUUCAGACCGGGGAAAGAGCUAUAUCAUAGCCAGCCCCUAGGCGCGAAUGAUAUUGGAGUGGCAUUCUAA